ACAAUGUAGAGAAAGUUCUACUUUCCGCUUCUGUGUAUUGGUAUUAAGGUGGAGUUUUCUUCUUUGGCCACAGUGUGGAGCUGAUCGCACAUUUUUGAACAAAUGGCAGCAAAUGUUGGGUAUUUUAUGGCUAUGUGUGCAAUGCAUGUCUUUAUUUUUUAAUUACUUUUUUGUUUUUAAGGGAGGUUAGAUAGGAGAUUAGCACUGGUGUCAUUUGUUGCUAUGGCAACACCCUAUAGAGUCAGAAAGCUGCUUUAUUAUUAGUCAGAUUGAUGAACUUUCUUUAAGAGCUACUUGACAAUGAAUUGCCACUGAUAGGAAAAAGGUGAAAUAUUUUGGAAAAAUAAUAGUAGGGUCAGGUGCCAAGUGAUUCCACCAAGGGAAGGCUUUUCUGGCACAAUGAGCAGCCUUACUAACAAAGUUGAAUGACCAUACCAUAAGAUCACACUUUGACAUUCCAAAUCAUUAAGUUCUUAUAUGUCUUGAGCAAUGGAAGCCUCUGCUCUUGAAAGCCUUAGUUUAAGGAAGAAUGUGAUUUGGUUUUGAUCUGCUGAUGUUUUAAAGUGUAGUGUUCAAAGGUAAUGUUUAAAUUGUGUUUUUUGUAUUGUAUGAAACAGACCUAGUUCUCAGCUGUGUGGACAGUGUCCCCAGUUAUCUUCUCUGCCAUACUGGUGGUUGCUCCCUAAUGUUGGUAGACCCAUUGCCACGUGAUUAUGAACUUACCAUCCAAUGAGAAAACUAGUAGCAGCAUGGGCAGGAGCCAUGGAACACUGCAUAUUAGCAAUCACUUGUGGAACAAGGGUGUGUGAAUAUUAUGCAAAACAGACCCAAAAAAAGAGUCAGGUGUGACCUCCAAUUUCCUGGCUAGCUUCGGAAACAGGACCCCUCCCCCUCCACAAAGCGGCAUUGCCAAUGUCUCCUUUCCCCCCACCUCCUCACAAUGUGCUCAAAAUGCCAGAAUUUCCACUUCAGCCUCACCCUUAGAACUUUGGAAUGGGGAUUCACUCAAGUAAAAUUUCAAUCCCAUAGAGACACAAUGAAUUCUCCCCAAAAGAAAUUCAAGCCAAUCACCCCAGGACUUGUAUCUAUUUCCCCAUCAAGGAACUUGCCCCUUCCCAGCCGUUUCAGAAACACCCCUUUGGCAGAAAGGGGUUGGCACAGAAACAGAAGACAGACUGAAGAUCAUUACAAUAAAAAAAACUUUAUUAAGUUUUCCACCAUACUGAAUAGCAAUCACAAGCUGUAAAUAUGACAACAAUGAAUAUACCUUGAACCAGUGAAACUACGGAUCAUAAUUUGUAUGAAUCAAAGCAAUGUCUGUUGUUUACCAAUGUCUAUAAAAUGCCCAUUUCUGAGAAUGUGAGGCAUGUCAGAUUUGGUAAAAAUUUCCCUGACAUCCUGCUUUGGUUAACCGAAGUUUAAAGUGAUCUCUGACUCUUCCCUCCACCUUGCGUGUCAUUAUUAGAAUUGAUCAGAGCUUGGCAUGCUGGGUAAACCCUGAGAUUUUGGACAACAUGAAUACUGUGAGCCUCCAGAUGGUAUUGGAUUGCACAUUCAGUAUGGUCAGUCAUGAGGAAUUUCAAUUCAGCAAUAUCUGGAGGACCAUAGAGUACCACACCAGGUGGAGAUGUUAUGAAGAGCGGUGGACAACCCUGUUAUUGUUUGCUGUGAAGUUGGCUGUAAUAUAUGGCAACCCCAUCAUGCAAAACUGCCAAGAAACCCAGUUCUGGUCUUCCAAACUCAGGGCCAAGAUGCCCUUGACUGAAUCAAUCCAAACACACUGCAAUUUUCCUUUUUUAAGGUAAUCUCUUUAGUAUUGUAUUAAAUAGGAAAUACUCUGAAGAAGGUAAGAACAGGAAGAGAAACUAUUUUCCCCCCUUUUAGAACCUCCUCCUUCCUAGCCUAACUCCACUCAGUACCACAAAACUUCUUUUUAAAGCUUGCCACAAUUGGAAAUAGGACUCAGAAUACCCUACAAUAGUUUCAUAUUAUUGGCUACAUGAAACUACCAUCCUGCAGCAUUUGUGCAAUUACAUAUUUCCAAGAGCUUACUGGAUGAUCACUCCAGGUAUUGUAUGUCUUUUGGUCAUGUGACAGUAACACCCCACCACUAUGUGGUCUGGUGACUGAACCUCUUGUCAGGAGUUCUGUACCUCCAUAAAUUUUUUAUUUACAUUAUUUUAAAAAGUCCUAUAUUUCUUAGAAAUCAUGACUCACAGAUCAAGAUAACAAAAUCUCUUCUUGAUGCAAUGGAGAUUCUGAUGCCAUUAUUAUGUUUCUGCAUGCAGUGUAUAUUUGCAGAGCAUGAUUGCACAUCAGUAAGCAAUGUGAAAUGAAUAUAUUAUACAUAUAUAUGAGUGUAUAUAUGCAUUGGUACAUGUCUAAUGUAAAUUAGUUCUAAUGUAACUUACUGCCUGAGCCUACAGUCUGCCCAAAAGAAAAAAAAAGCAAUGUAACAUCAGGGGUCUAUUCAGUCUUUUGAUUUUACAAUCUCCCAAUAUAUGAAGCUGAAACAAACAUUGCUAUUCUUUUGAAUAUGGUGGGUUAGAAUUGGUGCACUUUGUCUUUAUACCUUUUGGAGUGAAGUUUUUUUUUAACUUUUGCUGUGGUUUAUAACUAGAUUGGAGCUUGCACUUAGUGGAAUCAAAAUACAUGGAGUUCAGUGUGAAUUUAUAAUUGAGAAAUUUAGCUUUGAAUAUGAGCAUAAACUACUUUAUAUGCUGUAUUUCAUUGUUUGGGGUUAUAUUUAACCACAAAGCUCCAAGUUCAAUCCAUGGAUUGGAAUAAGCAUUUUAGAUUACUACAAAGAAUGGUAAUUUAGACUGAAAAUCAUUAGGUUGAAUUCAUAUCAUUAUAACUGGAAACCAAAGAAAUGUAUUAGGUGUGUGCGCCCGUGAGUUUAAAAAUGCCUAAUGGGAUUUUGAAAACACUGCUUCUUUAAACAGCAGGUCCUUAUGGCUUAAUACAAUCUCCUAUUCAAACUCUUUUCAAAAGCACAGAGGGUUGGUGUUUUGAGAUGCACAAAUUCAAACUCCAUAGGGGGUUGCAUGACACCAGUUAUGUGGUUCACAAAAACCCAAAUGAUUUCUGCAUUGGAAUGGAGUGGGGAAUGCUUAUGAAAGUUUUCUGGAAUGACCUUCUAGCAUAAUGCUUAUGGGCUCCUGGAGUACACACCAUAUGUGUCGGCAUGCAGAUAGUGUGGGGAAUUUGUUGAGGAGGCAAUAGGUUUCAUUCAAACUAGUAUUGAAAAGGGGUGUGUGAUCCUUGAUGGAUAAUUUAUUUAACUGAAUACUUUCUAACAUCAGUGGCAAAUCUUUUUGUCCCUUGUGAAUAACUGCAUUUCUUUGGAGGGGAUUAGUCCGUAUUCCAGUAGUAAGUGGCAACAGAAUGAAAAGUGGAUGAAGUCACAAAAUCCUCUUCUCUCUUACUUCCUCCUCCUUCUCUCUGCCCAGCAAGAACUUCUGGAUUCAACUUCUGGUAAUCUGACUUUUGGCUCUGGCAUCAUUGCUUGUUUGAACUUCCUGUUUCUGACCCAGGACCAGAGUUUUGGAUAUUCUGCUGUUUUUAAGGACUCUGGUAAUUGGUUUUUCUGACCCUGGACUGUUGACAUUGGCUAGUUUACUUAUUUCAGUGAGUUUGUUUGGAAUUUGCUUUUAAGCAGCAGCUUUGUUUAUGACAAUACCUUGUAAUUGUCCCAGCUUUGCAGGAAGUUUUACUUAAUCCUUUGAUUCCCAAUUUUCCAGCUGCUUUUAAAAUGCCCUGGUUCCUCCCUCCUCCUGCCAUUUCUCUCCUCAAUGCUUGUCUUACUUCAACUUUUAUUUUAACUCUGUAUAACUUGUUGUAUGUCUCAGCAAGGGCAAAGAGAGUGUCAUGGAACCCAGUUACAGGGCUUUGGUAAUUCAGCCCUGUAACUGGGAGUCAUAACAUAAACAAUCCCAGGAGCACCUGGCAGAAGAAGAUAGAAUAUGCCUGGGAACUUGGGGCCGAAAGUAUAAACAAUUAUAAUUGGUCUAGUGUGUGAAAAUGGUAGUAAUGUGAUAUUGGGGGUGGGACUUGAUGAUGAUAUUUACGUGUGGUGUUACGUAGCAUCAAAAGUUAUAAAAAUAGUUGUAUGUAAACAUUGGGUCAUUCCUGACUUUUCCAAAGUCAUGUGUUCUUCAAUAAAGAUUGGAUUUGAGAGCAGCCAUCUCUGAUCUGCGUUCAGACUGAUCCUUUGAAGUGAGCAGGACAAUUAAGUCAGGAAUCCAGUUCUCACCCUCCUGCAAAUUUGCAGUGAAGUGAUAAUGAGCAGGGAAGGAGAUCAAAGCCAUGACGGAGCAAAGGGGCCUCCGCUGGGAGCUCUGCCGUUGGCAGAAGAGACAUUGCAAGCCAUAGCUUCCUCUACGGGGUACCCCAAGCCAGACGGCGUGACCCAGAGGAUUCCCAGAGGGGGAAGAGGCGUUCCGGCGGCGGCAGAAACCAGUUGGGGAUCUGGAGGAAGCAUGCCGGAGACCGUGGCCCAGCGGUUAUCCAUCCUGGAAACUCAUUUAUCCAGGCUGUCGGAUACCGUGGGGAGAAUAGUGCCAAUAUUGGAAGAGAAUCUCCAAAAAGAGCACAUCCGAUAUGGCGCCGAGAGAGAGCCAAGCAAAGGAGGCGAUUGGAGCCAGAGGGGACAGCGAGCUUCAACGCAGAGUCCCGCGGCGGCAAGGGACGAGGGAGACGAGGAAUAUUGGCAAGAGCUGGAGUUCCGGGACAGAAUGGCGCGCGAAGUGGAGCGCCAGCAAGCUCUGGGAACUCUGAGGCCGCCAACCCCAACAGAGCUCCCAACCCCCCGAAUGGGCGUCGGAGUAGAAAGACCACUGGGGCCAGGGAUCGGGUCCAGUGGAUUAGCUGACGAAGGCGGAGAGGAGCAGGAGAUCCAGGAAGAGGAGGAGGAUGUGCCGUACGACGGGGAAAGGCGAGAUGCGGGGGCUACAGCGAGGCCAGUAUGCGGAUGGGGGGAAGGGCCGACAGCGGCGGCAGGAUUUCGGGAGCCGCGCAGAAUGACCACCGGAGUGGGGCGCGGCGUGAUCCAAGGAAACCCGAUGCAACCCUUCCCCAUGCCUCCCAGACAGCAUCAACGGGCCGCUGAAUGGAUGCCAAGAAGGGAAGAUCUCAAGCUAGAAUACGGAGGGGAAUCAGCCGAACUGAACUUUUUUCUAAUUAGCAUCAGGGGAUACAUGGAAGACAAUGCACACACAUUCCCCUCCGAAGCAAGCAGGGUUCGGGCCAUCGGCAACACACUAAAGAGAGGAGCGGCCAGCUGGUAUGUGCAACUACAUGCCAGACAGGACCCAUGCCUGAGGUCAGUGCCCCGCUUCCUCGCCGCACUGGAAAACCGGUUCAGAGACCGGCUAGAGCAAUUGAGAGCUCGAGACCAGCUUAGAGGAAUAAAGCAGAGGGACAAAACGGUGCCCGAGUACGCAGAAGAAUUCCUCCACCUCGCGGAAAGGGUACCAGAGUGGUCUGAAGUGACCAAAGUGGAAUUAUUUAAAGAGGGACUACGCCCCGAGAUUUUCAGCUGGGCAGCGCACAGAGAUGACCCCGAAACGCUCCAGGGAUGGAUUCAACUAGCGGGGCGCGUUGAAUCCACCCUGGCCCAAGUAAAGCGCUUCAGGAGCAGCGGCGGCCAGCAAAGACCGGUGGCGAGAGGUCGAGGAGAAACGAGGAAGCAGGAAAGACCCGGAGGGAGGCCGGGGAUUCCCUCCAGAGGAGACGACAACAAACCUAAACCGGGAUGCUUUGUAUGUGGGAAGACGGGCCAUCGAGCAGCAGAAUGCUGGGCACGGAAGGGGGAGCCGCCAAAACCCUCAAAGCCCAAGCCAGCAACCGGGAGGCGUGCGGAGGAGGAGGUGCAAGCCCCAGAAUCUCCAGAAAAAUUGGCUUGUGAUGAAAGAAGAACCGAAGAGGAGGACGAAGAAAAGGAGGGCACCAUGUCAUGGAACCCAGUUACAGGGCUUUGGUAAUUCAGCCCUGUAACUGGGAGUCAUAACAUAAACAAUCCCAGGAGCACCUGGCAGAAGAAGAUAGAAUAUGCCUGGGAACUUGGGGCCGAAAGUAUAAACAAUUAUAAUUGGUCUAGUGUGUGAAAAUGGUAGUAAUGUGAUAUUGGGGGUGGGACUUGAUGAUGAUAUUUACGUGUGGUGUUACGUAGCAUCAAAAGUUAUAAAAAUAGUUGUAUGUAAACAUUGGGUCAUUCCUGACUUUUCCAAAGUCAUGUGUUCUUCAAUAAAGAUUGGAUUUGAGAGCAGCCA